AUGGCCUUCGCCAUGCUGAGACCGGUGGCCGCCCAUGUGCUCUACCCUGACCUGAGCCUCAUGUCGGAGGAGGACGAGGAGAACCGCAGCGAGAGCGACGCCUCCGACCGGUCCUACGGCUGCUUCGAGGGGGGCCCCGAGUCGCCCCGGAAGCCGGGCCAGGUGGGGGUGGUCAAGCAGCGGCAGGCGGCCAACGCCCGCGAGCGGGACCGGACCCAGAGCGUCAACACGGCCUUCACGGCCCUGCGCACCCUCAUCCCCACCGAGCCCGUCGACAGGAAGCUGUCCAAAAUCGAGACCUUGCGCCUGGCCUCCAGCUACAUCUCCCACCUGGCCAACGUCCUGCUCCUGGGCGAAGGCUGCGAGGACGGGCAGCCCUGCUUCAGGGCCAUCUACGGCUCCAAAGGGGAAAGAGAGGCCAAGCAGCCCCGGAGCAUCUGCACCUUUUGUCUCAGCAACCAGAGGAAGGGGGGCAGCCGACGGGAACUCGGCAGGGGAAACUGCUUGAAGGCAAGAGGGGUGAACCAGUUGAAGGUGCUGCGGAGGUGAGCUAAGCCUCAGAGGA